GUUUGAUAAUAGUCCCGAACUGACUGGAAGUGAAUAAAGCAAAAUAAACUUAAUUUUUCCUCAGUCAGCUCUUUUGUUUACUAAUUGUGACCUUGCCUAAUCCCAUUUCAGAUCAUAGUGCCUUACUUCUGAAUUUAUUGCUAUUUUACAGUUGUCAAGUUCAUGGCUUUCAUUCAGAGGAUCCUUAGUAAAAGAAAUGUCUGUUCAAACGCUCUUCGCAAGAAAGAUGUUCCAAAACCGUUCAAUCAAAUACCUGGUCCUAGAAGUUUACCGAUCAUUGGCUCAUCUUGGAAGUAUAUACCCUUCAUGGGAGAUUGGGAUGUAAGUAAACUCCAUAUUGUUGGUACUAAGAGAUUUGAACAAUACGGUGGACUAGUUCGUGAAGAGGUUUCACCUGGAAUAAACUUUGUACAUGUGUACAGCGCCCAGGACAUAGAGAAGAUAUACAAGAAUGAGGGGAAGUACCCCGAGAGGUUGGGCCAUCUAGCCCUCAUGCACUAUCGCCUCUGCCGACCGCAUCUAUACAACAGUGGAGGCCUCCUACCAACAAAUGGAAGUGAAUGGUGGAGACUUCGUAGCACUUUCCAAAAGCACAUUGCUCGUGUUCAGGAUGCCCGUUCUUUUUUGUCUAAAGGAGAAGAUAUAAUUAACGAUUUUGUCACAACCAUAUUGUUCAAUAAUUAUACAUGUGAAGAUUUCCUUCCUCUUCUUUCACGACUGUAUUUGGAAUUGAUGUGGAUGUUCAUCUUUGGUAAAAGAUUGAACAGUUUUGACAGCAUUAAUAUUUCUGAAAAUUCUAUUCCUUCAAAAUUAAUGAAAGCAGCAGAGGAUAUCACUCACACAACCAUGAUUACGGAUAGCAGCGAGAAAAUUUGGAAGGUCAUAAAAACUCCAUCGUACAUUAAAAUUGAGAAGAACUUUGAAUAUAUUGAAAAGAUUGUGCUGAGUGCAUUGAAAGAGGCAGAGACUGAAAAUAGCAAAAAUAGAAAACACUCUGAUGAAAAUUCAAAGAUCUGCUUGAUAGAUAAAUUUUUCCAAACACCAGAAAUGUCUAGCAAAGACAUCAAUGCCAUGACUGCUGAUUUAGUACUUGGUGGAGUUGAUACGACUGCCUACACUACUGCUUUCCUCAUGUACAACCUAUCUCGCAAUAAAGCAGUACAAGAGAAGCUGUAUAGCGAAGCAGUCAAACUUCUUCCUUCUCCAGAUACAAGAAUCACAUCCGAUAUAUUGAAUUCAGCAAUAUAUGCACGAGCUGUAUUGAAGGAAUCAUUGAGGCUGAAUCCGGUUUCAGUAGGAGUAAGCCGCAUUCUACAACAAGACACAGUGUUUUCAGGUUAUCUCGUCCCAAAGGGUACAUUAAUGUUAACCCAGAAUCUUGUAGCCUGCCGUAAUGAAGAUAACUUCAAAAAUGCUUUGGAAUUCAUACCAGAGCGUUGGAUUCGAGGUUCUCCUGCAUACCAGGAAGUAUCACCUUACUUAGUGUUACCAUUCAGCCAUGGUCCGAGAACAUGUAUAGCACGCAGACUUGCUGAGCAGAAUAUGCUAACCCUACUCCUUAGUAUUAUAAGAAAAUAUUCUAUUUCAUGGAUGGGAGAAGUAAUGGACAUUGAAACACCUUUAACAUGCAAGCCGGAUAAAGCAGUGAAGUUGUCAUUUCAUAAUUGGGUUGUGAAAAACAAGGUUUUGAACAUUAGUUAGUUAGUAUAAGUAUAAAAGGAGAAUAUUUAAUUCAUCGACAGGAUUUUA